AGCCGCGAGACCGGGAGCAGCUUCAAACCCACCGCGCGCGGCAACGGCAACGGUCACCCCCGCGGGUAACAGUCAUACCAGAUUUUGUGGAGUUUCUUUUAACGUCCACCCGGAAUAAUUAUGAUCACCCCGGCCUUUGAAUUAAGCCAAGACCCUGAUUUCCUCACCAUCAGCAUCCGCGUCCCAUACGCAAGAGUUGCAGAAGUUGACCUAUACAUUGACGGAGAAGACUUCAAAUUUUAUGCCAAGCCAUACUUCCUGAGAUUGACUCUUCCAGGGAAGAUUGUGGAAGAUGGCAGAGAAAAGGCUUUGUACGAUUCUGAUAAAGGAAAUUUUACUGUAAAGGUUCCUAAAGUCGUUGCGGGAGAAUAUUUUGAGGGGUUGGAUAUGUUGACUGCAUUGUUGGCGCCAAAAGGGUCAAGAUCUGCCAAACCGUUGGUGGAAGAGCUGGGAGGCACUGCCGAUCAUGAUGUUGAAGAGGACGAGGAUGAAUUUGACUGGGAAAUUGAGCAAAGUCCGUUCGUGGACUUGGAAGAAAACAUUGCUAGUUCAGGCUGUCCUUAUGGCUUUGGAAACCUGCGAUGGGGGGUUUUCAAGAGGCUGCAGAAUGAGCUGAGCGAUGUUAUCGAUCUAAAGGAACCAGACAGCACCACAUGGGAGGAACGUCGGCAACUAAGGCUGGCUGCCGAAGAGGCCAAGUUCGAUUCCGAUCAUUAUCUGGCUGACCUGUUCGAGGACGACACCAUUCAGCACCUGCUGAAAUACAAAGCCUGGUGGGCCGAUGCUCAUCCGGCAAAGCAGACACCAAAUCGACCCCAGAAUGAACACAAGGACGCUUCUAAACGAGCAAAAGAAUUUGUCGUUUUCUAUGAAGAUGAAAAGCAACAGCUGAGAAAGUUCCCCAACAAAGAUUAUCUGUUAGAAAAGAAGUCUUGCAGUCAAGCUUACCUCAGCCUGGUCGACAUAAUCCUUGCUUACACUUACGAAGUCCGCUGUACAGAAGGGGAGAUCAAUACCGAAUCUCCGUGGAACAUUCGAAAACUGAGUUCCACUCUUUGUUGGCUCGGAACUUAUCAUUCUCUUCAGGAAAUGCUCGUAUCCUUCAGUAGAAGAGUCCUGUGUUAUCCACUCUACAGACAUUUCCAGUUGGCCCUAAAAGCCAUUGACGAUGCAGCGUUGAUAUUUCAAUUAGGUAAGCCUGCGGUACUCAAGUGCCUCCUGGGUAUCCACGAGAUCUUCAGAGAGAAUGACCCUGCGUACAUCCUUAAUGAUCUGUACAUAACAGACUACUGCAUUUGGAUUCAGAGAACCAAGUCAGAGAAGCUCACGUACUUGGCUGAAUCGUUGCAAAACGCCAGAGUCACGAAGACUGAUUUGGACUUGGAGCUGGAGGAAUUGGAGAAAGCGGCGUAUUUAGUCCAGGAGGAAGAAGGAGACACAAGGAGAGCAGGUCACAGUGUUCCUCUGGAGCUGCAAUCAGCAAGCGAGACAGGAGAUGACAGCAGUGAGGAGGCGAGCAGUUCAUCCUGUGAAUCAGAAGCCAGCGAUUCAGCUGAAGAGGACAGCUACAGUUGUCAAAGUGCAGAGGAGGUUUGCCUAAAAGGGCUGCCUCGUGCAGCUGGAGCUGAGCAGCUAACUGCAGUGAAUAAUCCGACGCGAAGUAAAGACGCUGGCCAUGCGGACGGUGAAUCGCACGCAGGUAUACGCACGCUGACAGAGACAGGCUCGGCUCAAUCCACCCCAGGUAAACUGAUAGAAGAGCUGGCAGAUCAGUUACAGUCAGCCAGGCUCUCAGAACGCUUUGAAGACUCCACGAGUGAGCAUUCGAGUGCCUCACAACACAGAGCAGCUGUAGCAGAGCUGCCUCAUCAAAGUCUGGCACGUCACCAGCAUCCAGAGAUAACCUCGCAGCAGAAUUUCCUGGAGGUGUCUCCACGGAGCAAUUGCCUGCUGGUCGUUGCAAGUCCUGAUAGUGCAGACGGUUUUACAAAUCCGCCGUAAAUAACUCCCAGGUUGUUUGCAAGGAAAGGAACGAUCUGUUGUGGACACCACUUGAAACCCGAGGCACUUGUUAAAUUGAACUCACUGUGUAAACAAUUUUAAUUUCUGUUUUUUUAAAAGAUAGUUUUUUUAAACAGCUUUUUACUGGAUAACGUGUGUUAUGUUUUAUAUAUUUUUCUGCAAGGCUUUAAAAAUAAAGUCUG